UUUUCCUACAUCGGAGGUACUUAUAGAGACAUAUGAAUGGCAAGAUAAUGAGGUUGGCAACAAACCUAUAAAUGUUGAUGACUCAAUUCAGCUCUUAAAAGUCAGUAUCAAAGGAGGUUCAGACGAAACCGAUAUUGACCUCUACCAAAAUGGUACUGCCAUCACAUUUCCCUCAACAGGAUCUUCCAGGAUAAUAACAAGUACUGAUGAGGUUAUUAUGUCCAUACAGAACCUAACACCUGGAACUUAUUUCCUACACAAAAAUAGAAAUCACAGAUAUUUCAUAAACAUAACAGCACAAAGUUCGAUCAAGGUGGUGGACGGAAUGUAUCAGAAAUCAGCCAGUGGGUCGCUUGUCACCCUAAAAGGGUCUCCAGUAUCAGGAAAUAAUUACACCUACUUCGUGGUGGUAUUCAAUAUGGUAAACAGUACGUGUGACCACCUGUACAUGGUUAAUUUGUCUGGAUAUAUUAUGGAAACAUACACACCGGAUAGCAGAUCUUCAGAAUAUGACAUGCUUUGCUCAACAGAUAUAAUUAUUCCUGACUAUGCUUUCCAAAUGAAGAUAAACGUCUCUGAUGUUUUAAGGGAUCCUGUGAUCAGAACAACAAGACCAGUAUAUAGACCGACAAAUGUAGAACUAAACGUUAUAGCCUCUUCUGACGAUAUUCCAAUAGGUAAUGAACGAGUUGUAACAUAUGAAGUUAUAAACACUGGUGCAAAUAUUGAUACUUACAUUGUACAGAUAUCGGAUGACCAUUCGUAUGUUUUGGCUCCAGAUUCAAUGAAUCAUACGCUACGUCCUGGCGAAAAGACUGAUGGAAAUUUUACCCUUCUACCAAACUCUACAAUUGGAAUGUUUAAAUAUACGGUUGCAGUAUUUGUAAACAGUUCUGAGGAAGUCAAACAGACAAUAUCAAGAACACUUGUAGUAACCGACAUACAAAGACCUAACUGUCAUGUUAUUAUGACAAGUGGUCAAUGUAGCCUACCAGCACUCAAUACUGCGAACUGUUCUAAAUAUACUUGGAGUGCAAAAGCAGAAGUGACUUUUAAAGGAACACAGCUUGAAACCAUAUCAUCGACCAUUGGCAACAAUAGCAUGUUGCAAUAUACUAAUAUAACUGAUAGUAUGGAAGGCCCAGUGGCGGUCAACAUAAGGUUUGAGUUUGAUACAUAAAUGCCAAUUUGAUACACUUGGAUUGAGAGUUGUCUCAUUGGCACUCAUACCACAUCUUCUUAUAUCUAAUGAUUAAGAAAUAUAGCAAUAAUGACUCUUGGUAGACAUUAAUGAGGUAGAUGCUAAGUUAACAAUAUGUAUACAGUUUCAGGUCAUAUACAAUAUUGCGCGUAAAAGUCAUCUGAAAAGUUAAAACGAGUUUGGAAGUAACUGAAUUAAAUUUGAAUAUAGCAAUCCAAAAUACAGUAAACUUCUUUAAACGCCUUCGUAUUUCUAUGGUAGUAGCAUUUUUAGAUAUUGCAAACAAACUUAUCGGUUAUAUAUAAUGAUGGUUUAUAAAUU